GUAGAAUUUGGUGACACUUGACGAUGCUCAACGCUUCCAGAAGGGUGUUUGGGUCUGUUACACGCCAGAGAAGACAUGUACAUAUAAAUUCUGAACUUUCGGCUGCUUUGGAGUCUGCAAACGAGCUUCCGGUUGUGGUCAUUGGUGGAGGACAUGCCGGUUGUGAAGCUGCUGCCGGGUCGGCUAGAGCAGGUGCCCAUACUACACUGAUUACUCAAGCGUUGGAUAAGAUCGGCACCUGCUCGUGUAACCCGUCGAUGGGUGGUGUUGGUAAGGGUACUCUUCUCAGAGAGGUUGAUGCGCUUGAUGGUGUGGCUCCUAAGGUUGUUGAUAAGGCUGGUGUUCAGUUCAAAGUGCUGAACAGCUCUCGGGGUCCUGCUGUUUGGGGUCCAAGGGCUCAAAUCGAUAGAAAGAUCUAUCUCAGGGAAAUGCAAUCAGUGUUGAAUAACUAUGAAAAUCUGGAUCUAUUGGAAGGGCAAGUGAAGGACCUCAUCAUCGAGCCUGAAGGAGAUGUUCACAGAGUUAGAGGCCUAAUAUUAGAAGAUGGCCGUAUCUUCAGAGUGUCACAGGUGGUUAUCACUACGGGGACAUUCCUUGGAGGCGAGAUUCACAUUGGUCUUAAGGCCUAUCCAGCAGGAAGAAUCGGAGAGAAGCCAACAUAUGGAAUCUCUGAAACUCUUCGAGAUGCCGGCUUCAAGCUGGGGAGACUUAAAACUGGUACUCCUCCACGUUUCUCUUCAAAGACCAUCAACUACGAGGGGUUGGAUGAACAACUGGGUGAUAAUCCACCACAAACGAUGUCGUACAUGAAUGAUGAAGUGGCCAUCAAGGAACAGCUGAAGUGUUACGGCACUAGGACCACUCCCCAACUACAUGAUUUGAUACGUGCCAACUUGGACAAAUCCAUUCAUAUUCGUGAGACUGUUCGUGGUCCUCGUUACUGUCCGUCGUUAGAGUCUAAAGUCAUAAGAUUCCCAAAUAACGAGGGCCAUAGAAUAUGGUUGGAACCUGAGGGUUUGGACACUGAUCUUGUGUAUCCGAAUGGUAUUUCGAUGACCAUGCCUGAAGAUAUUCAAGAGCAACUUGUUCGUAUGAUUCCAGGCUGUGAGAAUGUAAACAUGGUACAGCCUGGUUAUGGUGUUGAAUAUGACUAUGUGGAUCCACGUCAGUUGCGUCAAACGUUAGAAACCAAGCUUGUCAGAGGCCUUUUCCUAGCUGGACAGAUCAACGGUACCACAGGUUAUGAAGAAGCAGCUGCGCAAGGAUGCGUUGCUGGCAUCAACGCUGGUUUGGCAUAUAUGGAUAGACCGCAGUUGAAACUGAGCAGGUCAGACGCAUACAUGGGUGUUUUGAUUGACGAUUUGAUCACCAAGGGAGUGGACGAGCCAUAUAGAAUGUUCACUUCAAGAUCGGAAUUCAGAAUAAGCGUUAGAUCUGAUAACGCUGAUUUGAGAUUGACGGCAAAGGGGAGAGAGCUUGGAGUUGUCGGUGAUGAUAGAUGGCAUAGACAUUCUAGUGACGUCAAUAUCAUGGAUGAAACAAUACAAACCAUGAAGGAAACGUAUCUGAGCUCACAUAAAUGGAGCGACAUAUUGGGUAUUAACGUUGGUGUCGACUCUUCAAAGAAAUCCGCAUAUGACAUGCUUCGUUUUAACAACGUUACCGGUAAAUUGGUGUUACCAGCAUUGGCUGAAAGAUAUCAGGAUAUUCCAAGCAGGGUUCUUCACAAAAUUGAAAUCGAAGGUAAGUAUUCGCCAUACGUUAACAAGCAACGCAAUUUCAUCAAGGCAUUCCAAUCUGAUGAGACCCUGUUCCUUCCGUUGAAAUUUGACUAUUCCUCAAUGGCCUCUCUGAGCUCAGAGUGCAGGGAUAUUCUCAACAGGGUACAACCGGAGACGAUUGGCCAAGCCAGAAGAAUUCAAGGUAUAACACCAGCUUCCAUUUUUGAGCUUUAUAGGCUGGUGAAGACACGUCAAGAGGAGAUUAAAGACGAAAGAGCAAUUGUGAGUCCCUUGGCUUGAACCGUGCUUGUACAUAGAACAUAAUCACAAUUUGUCCAG